UUGUGUCAGCCUUCUUUCUCUUUUUGCUAUCAAAUUGUUGAGAACUACUUCAUCUUCACUAUAAGCUUUGAUAGACCAACACACAGUUGUUCAUAGCUGAAAAUCUCUGACCACUUGUUGAGAUCAUAUCAUGGCUGGUGCACUUAUUGGUGGAGCUUUUCUCUCUGGCUUCAUUAAUGUUGUUUUUGACAGGUUCCUUUCUUCCGAGGCUGCCAACUUGAUCAUUGGCAAGAAGCUUGGCCCUGACUUAGUUGAAAGACUAAGGAUUUCUCUGCAUGCUGCUGAAGCUUUGGUUGAUGAUGCUGAGUACAAGCAAUUGGACAACCCUUCUGUGAAGGACUGGCUCAACAGUCUCAGGGAUGCUGUUUAUGUUGCUGAUGACUUGCUGGAUUCUGUCCUCACCAAAGAGGCUACUCGAAAGGAGGUACGUUCUUUCUGGACCAUUAGCUUCCUCAACCAAGAUAGGGAGAUAGUAGAUAAGAUGGAAGAUGUGGUUAGAAGGAUAAACUUUUUUGAAAAACAGAAGGAUUUCCUUGGUCUUGAAAAGACUACCAAGAGGAACUUCUUGUCAUGGAGAAUUCCAUCCACAUCUCUUGCUGAAGGUAAUAUCUUUGGCAGGGAAAAAGAGCAAGAUGAAAUAAUCAAGAUAAUAAAUGAUAAUAGAGAGCAUCAGUUGUCUGUGAUUCCCAUUGUGGGCAUAGGUGGAGUUGGUAAAACAACUUUAGCACAAUGGUUGUACAAUAAUGACAAGUUGAUGGAGGGGUUUCAAGUCAAAGAAUGGGUUUGCAUUUCGGAACACUUUGAUAUUGUUCAAGUUACAAAGAGUAUCAUAGGCCAAAAUGCUCAACGUAUUGAUGAUUUCAACUCACUUCAACUUGAAUUGAAGGAAAAAUUAUCUGCAAAGAAGUUCUUUAUUGUUCUGGAUGAUGUUUGGAGUGAUGAUGGUGAUGUCUGGAAGAAAUUUAAGACCCCUUUCCAAUAUGGGGCCAAGGGAAGUACAAUUCUUGUAACAACUCGUGUCAAAGAGGUUGCCUCUGUAGUCCAAACUUGUCCCCCUUAUGUUCUUAGUGAGUUGUCUGAAGAUUGUUGUUGGUCAGUGUUUGCAACCAAUGCUUGUUUUCCAGAAUCAAAUGGGAGUCCAACACUAGAAGAAAUCGGAAGAAAGAUUGUCAAGAAGUGUAAGGGGUUACCAUUAGCUGUGGAAACACUUGGACGUAUGUUGCGGACGAAGCACAAUGUUAAGGAAUGGGAAGAUGUACUAAUUAGUGAUAUUUGGGAAUUUUUUGUGAAAAAUAGUAAAAUUAUUCCAGCAUUGUUAAUUAGUUACUUCCACCUUCCUGCACAUUUGAAGCGUUGCUUUGUUCAUUGUUCAUUGUAUCCGAAAGAUUAUGAUUUUGAUAAAGCUGAAUUAAUUUUGCUAUGGAUGGCAGAAGAUCUUUUAAGGCCACCAAAGAGAGGAGAGAGUUUAGAAGAAGUUGGUUGCGAGUGUUUUGAUGAACUAGCUUCCAGAUUAUUUUUUAAACAACAUAAGGACUCUUCCAAGAAUUUUGUGAUGCAUGACCUCUUACAUGAUUUAGCAUUGUUCCUUGCUGGAGACUUCUAUUGUAGAUUUAAAGAGCUUGGUGAUGCAGAGCGUAUCUGUCCACAAACUCGUCAUUUGUCCUAUGAAAGCUUGAGUCAUUUGAUCUCAAAUGAUUUUGAUUCAAUCAGUAAAGUAGAAUCUUUGAGAACAUUCUUGCCAACCAAGAUCUUUUCUUGUUCAGACAACAUUGAUUGUGUAACAUGUAUCCUAAUAUCCAAGCUCAAAUAUUUGAGAGUUUUGUCAUUUCUCUGGUUCACAAAACUUGAUGUAUUGCCUGAUUCAAUAGGUGAAUUGACCUAUUUGCGUUACUUGAAUCUCUCUAGAACAAGUAUUAAGAUACUACCAGAUUCCUUGUGUGAUUUGUAUAAUCUACAAACAUUGAAGCUGGAUGACUGUUCUAGUUUGACUAUGUUACCCAACAGCAUGCACAAGCUUGUGAAUUUGCAGCAUCUCUAUAUUAAGAGAACUUCUUUGAAAGAAAUGCCAGGAAGAAUGAGCAAAUUGAAAAAGUUGCAUAUUUUAAGCAACUUUGUGGUGGGCAAGCAUGAAGACAAUGGAAUCCAAGAAUUAGGAGGGCUUUUAAAUCUUCAUGGAUCAUUUGAGAUUAAGAAAUUGGAGAAUGUUGCUGAUGUCAAAGAAGCAAGGAGUGCAAGGAUAACAGAUAAGAAGAACAUUGACAAAUUACAGUUGGAAUGGUCUUCAAGUGAUGAUAUGGUUUCAAAUACAGAAAAAGAAAGAGAUAUACUCCACAGCUUGCAACCACACAAUGGCUUGAAAGCAUUGACAAUAACAGGAUACAAGGGCACAACAUUUCCAAAGUGGGUUGGGAACCGUUCCUACAACAAUAUGACUCGUGUAUCUCUAGUGUCCUGCACCAAUUGUUGCAUGCUUCCAUCACUUGGACAGCUGCCAUCUCUUAAGUCCCUUAGAAUUCAAGGUUUUGAUCAGCUGAGGAGUAUUGGCAUGGAGUUUUACCAAAAUGAAGAUGAUCAUUCUUCUUUGCAUAUUGCACCUUUUCCUUCACUGGAGACUUUGGAAUUUUCUGAUAUGCCAAGUUGGGAGGUGUGGCACUUAUCCAACUCAGAAACUUUUCCUCAACUCAGGAAGCUUGAAAUAACAGAUUGUCCAAUGCUAAAGGAAGAUAUGCUUAAUCAGGUAUUCUUGCAAAUCAUUUUUUCAUUGUCAGAGGGGUCGAAAAUUCGCAAGCUACUUGUAGGUGAAGAUCAUUUUGGAAGCAGUCAACGGAUGAUUCUUGAAGGGGAUACUUUAAUAAUUAGUGGAUAUAAGUCAGUGGUGGAGUCAGCAUUUGAGGCAAUGAGCAUCAACCACCUAGUUUGCCUCCAAGAACUAAGAAUCAUACAAUGUUGGUUUGCUGUAUCCUUUCAAGGAAAUCGCUUACCAGAAUCUUUGCAAAAGUUGACAAUUGAGAAUUGUGGUGAACUGGAAUUCGGAGAUCAGCAUCAACUGAACUACAAUUUAUUAGAUCUAUCCAUAGAAGCAGGUAGCUGUAGUUCACUCACCUCAUUCUCAUUGGAUGCCUUUCCAAAUCUCAAGACUCUCAAGAUAUCAGAAUGUGAGAAUCUGAAAUCACUUUCAUUGUCACAGCCACCACACACUGCCCUUCAACAUCUCACCAUCUAUAGCUGCCCCGAAUUCGUGUCAUUUACAGGAGAAGGACUAGCUGCACCAAACUUGACUCAUCUUGAAAUCACGGAUUGUAACAAGUUGGAGGCAUUGCCGAGUGACAUGAAUACUCUUCUUCCCAAUCUAAAAUCUCUCCACAUGCUACAUUGCCUAGGAAUUUGUAGGUUGCCAGAAGGUGGUUUGCCACCUAACUUGAUAGAGCUUACUAUUGGAGGUUGUGAGGAACAACUGAAGGAUCUAUCUUGGAUGGGAAACUUGGACUCCCUCACUCAUUUUACCAUUCUUGGUUUUGAUUGUGAUAGCUUGAAGUCAUUCCCGGAGGCCGGUUCCCUGCCUCAACUUCCCUCCCUUACCACCCUAAAGAUCAGUUGGUUUGAGAAUCUGGAGACGUUAGAAUGCAAGGAGCUUCUCCCCCUCACCUCCCUCCAACAAUUAAUAAUUGAAGAAUGUCAUGAGCUGCAGAAAAUGGCAGGGGAAAUGCUGCCUUCCUCUUUGUUAUUGCUUCAAGUUGAAAGAUGUCCUUUGUUGGCAGAAGGCUGCAAGAUGAAGCACCAACAAGUUUGGCCAAAACUUUCACACAUCCGCACCAUUGAAGUUGAUGGAGAACACAUUUUCUGAAUAGAGAUUUCUCACCAGAGAUAUAUCAGUGUCCAACAUGAUAUUCUGAAAACAGAAACAAUAUCAGUUGCAGAAAAGGAGAGGGAAACUUGAAAGAUAAACAUCAACAACUGAUAAGAUCUUGUGGACAGUUGCAACUUGCAUCUGCACUCAAAACAAUGCAUGCAUGUAGUGAAUGUAUUGCAGUUGCAGCUUCAUUUUCUGAGAGAAGGAGUGCACAGCCUAUUGGGCUUAUUGGUGCUGUUGUUUGAAUGAAAUCGGUGCUGAUAGCUGAGAUUGAACUCUCAAUGUUAAAGGCAGUGAAAAUACAGAAGCUGCACAUUGCCACAUUUUGUUACUUUAUUUAAUUAUUUACAACAAAGCCAGUUAAUGAGUUAAGAUCAAUUUUUAACUGGUUCGAUAAAAGUAAAAUUUCAUCAUAUAU